GUGGGAAGAGUAAAAGACAGAAAAUAGAUGACCCUGUUCUAAAGAAGUUAAGAGGUCAUUUUGAGCAAACACUGGCAAGAGAACUUCCUGAAGAUUUUGAGCCGCACGAAGAAGAAGGCGCAGUCCGGCGUAAAUUGCGAGAUAAUCACUACGUCGUGGUUAGCGGCCAUGAGAACACUAGUUACCUUGCAACUGUAUUAUCGGCCAUCAAAAGUUCGGGCAACUACCUCAUGUCCAGAUGUGUUGAAAUAAAAAAGCUAGACGAUUGGAGACAUGUGGACCCGGAGGAAACGGAUCUUGUUAUAUACUGCGAACCUUUCCAUGACCGUGUUGUUAUAGACGACCCUCGAAGCCGGAGAGAAUUAUGUGAUACAUUUCAAAGCAUGCAAGAUUCUGCUAAAAUGUCAGACAAAGAAUCUAGAGUAGAUGUUGUGAUAGUGUCAGAACAUUCAGUGGUUGAAGCCUGGAAGGAACACAACGACAUGCAGUUAUUUGAAGAUAUCGUUGAACUGCACAGACCAACUGAUGAAGAUAACCCGGUUGAUCUAGAAACACGUCACUCAUAUAAGAGACGGGAUACUGGCGGAGUUCUAGGAAAUAUGCUAGCGCAUUCAGAUGCAUAUAUUGAGGUAUGCAAAACUGAUGUCACUGAUCAAACGUUGAUGAAGUCAGCAAGAGAGAAAUUCAAGGAACAUAAGGCGGUUGUUAUUACAGGGCCUAAAGGAAGUGGAACGACUAGAUUUGCGUUGAACCUGGUUUCAUCGCUUUAUGCUAAGAACCAGUGUGUAGUUCUUACAGCAGCUAGCGACUGGAAACAGGUGAACCUUGGCGAAGUCAGCGUAAUAAUAAUUGAUGAAUUUGCAGGCAAAUUCAGAUACAACACGUCCUUUGUUGAAGGAUGGCUGCACAACUUUGACUUGAUUUAUGCAGCUGUGAUUCAAGGAAAACUGAACGUGAUAAUAACGUGUGAAAAAUCCCGCUUUGCUAAGGUUUUAAAGACUUAUUCGGGACACGCUUUGCUGAACCAUCGAAUCAAGUUGUCAGGUAGAGGUUUUGGAGAUAUAGUAGUUAAGGACGAACCUUUAUCGCCCACCGGUGAACAAGAUAGUUCCGAUAUGGACGAACUGGAUGCAACAGGUGAAUCAACGCAAAGCAAAGGCGAUUCAAUGGACGUCAGUAUAAAUGAAAAUAAUGCGAAUCCGAACAAAGAGCAACAACAGGAACAAUGUUUACUUGAGGGAAGACUAGUGAAAUCUGUAGAAAUGUCUAUAGGGAUAAAGUACUGUUGCGAGGUUCUGAAUGGAAAGGCUUUUCUAUUUGGUGGCGAAACAAUCAUUGCACUACUGGAUACAAAUACAUUCGCCAAAAAGGAAAUAAGUCUUACUUAUAAUGCCAGCGAUGUAUCUUGUAUUGACGAAAAGCAAAUUGUCAUUUUUAUGUCAGAGCAAAAAUGGAUGCUAAACGCGAAUGUAAGUAGUUUCGAUAUUGAGCUUGGGACUAAAAGCUUUAUACCGGUGGAGCACAACUGGACACGUUUAGCUAGAAAAGGAACUCAGUAUGUUAUGUGUACUGAAACUGCUGUUUUCAUAUACAACCUUGUAUGGGAGAAACUUGGUACCAUUUCUCAUUUGAAUAAUAAGCCUUUGUUUACAGAAGCACCUCGGAGAUCUUGGAGAUCAUAUUCUAAUCUUUAUAAGGUCAAGAACACUAUCCGUGAUAUAGUAGUAGGAGAUAGUAACAUAAUCAUUGCAUCUGAAGAGAAACUGGUGGUAACAGACAAGGUAGGAAAUAUAAAGAAAACAUUUAAACCAGGUGGAAACAUCACGUGCUUUGAUGGCAGCCGGAUAUUUGUUUAUGGAAAUGGAAGAAUAAGCAUUGUCAAAGACACUGGAAAAUUCAUAGGAAUACUUCUCCAAGACAGGAAAGAAAGUUUUUCGAGCUCAUAUUGCAUUCAUUACGGACAAAUAUGUAAAAAAUUGCUUGUUUCAAGGUCGGGGGGAGUCAACAUAUUUUCUGUACAGUGAUAACUUAUCAUUUAUAUCGUUCAGCAGAACUCUUUACUCGCUUCAAUGAUGAUCACGGGUUUAUUACUACAUCUGAAACAAAAUGAAAAUGUAAAAAUAAUGACAUGAUGUGGAUUGAUGCUAGAUGCCUUUAACACAUGCAAAAAUUUUUUACGUGAUCUUAGAUAUAUUUGGAAGCAAAUACGUGAUAUCCGAAGGAAUUGUUUUAGAUUGUUACAUAUUAGUAGAAAUAAAUUUUCAAAACGUU